CAGAGACUACCCCUGCAGGGGAGAGCAAAGACCAGGAGGUCUUGCCAGCCCCUGAACCUGAGCAAAAUCUGAGCCUGCAUCUAACAGACAGCUUGGCUCCAACAAUGAAGGGAGACCUCAAAAUCGUCCUCUCUGAACUACACAAAAUGAUGGCGACGGACCUGGUGUUCAUCAGGAAAGAGAUUCAGGCCCACAAAGACUGA